AAAAAAAAAAUUAAAAUAAAAAACAAAAAAUUAGAAAUGUCUGCAUAAGUCCCAAGAGAAUCAUUAGUAUAAUAUGAACCAGCAAUAGAAAUAAACAAUAACAGUGAUUUAGCAAGAAUUUAAAAUUUAGGAAACAAAAAAAAAACUCAAUUACCUCCAUUAGAAUCAAAGCCAUCAACUGAAGAUAUUUUAAACGCAAUUCUUCCUCCAAGAGAAUGGGAUCAUGAUGGAACUCAUUAUAUUUAAUAUGUAUCUCAUGCUCCUGCAUCAAGAGAAGAUGUGGCGAAUUUACAAAAACUUCUAGAUGAAAGAUUAUUAGCUAGAUAAGCAAGAGAUUCAGGAAUAUGUCCUAUUAGAGAAGAAUUACAUAGUUAAUGUUUUGAUGAAAUUAUUAGAUAAGUUACUAUUGAUUGUCCUGAAAGAGGAAUUUUAUUACUUAGAGUUAGAGAUGAAUUAAAAAUGACUAUUGCUGCUUAUUAAACUUUAUAUUAAUCUUCUGUAACUUUUGGAAUGAGAAAAUAAUUGUAGUCUGAAUAAGGAAAAGCUGAUACUGAAUAAAAAAUAUUGGAAUUAGAAUCUAGAAAAUCUAAACUAGAAGAAAGAAGAUAAGAAUUAAUUAAUAAAAAAGAAGCUAUCGAAAAGAAAAAUAAAGAAAGAAAAGAAAUUGAUGAUUAAAAAAGAAAAUAAGAAAUUGAAUUUUUAAGAUAUUAAAGUUAACAUUUAGAGUCUUUCCUUAAAACAAUAACUAUUGAUUUAAAAUGAU